GCAGAGGCCAUGCCACUGAAACAUUAUCUCCUUUUGCUGGUGGGCUGCCAUGCCUGGGGCAUAGGGUUUGCCUACUAUGGCUGCCCUAGCGAGUGCACCUGCUCCAGGGCCUCCCAGGUGGAGUGCACAGGGGCACGCAUCGUGGCGGUGCCCACGCCUCUGCCCUGGAACGCCAUGAGCCUGCAGAUCCUCAACACGCACAUCACUGAACUCAAUGAGUCCCCGUUCCUCAACAUCUCGGCCCUCAUCGCCCUGAGGAUUGAGAAGAAUGAGCUGUCUCACAUCAUGCCUGGUGCUUUCCGCAACCUGGGCUCACUGCGCUAUCUCAGCCUUGCCAACAACAAGCUUCAGAUUCUGCCUAUCGGCCUCUUCCAAGGCCUGGUCAACCUUGAGUCGCUCCUUCUGUCAAGCAACCAGAUAAUGCAGAUCCAACCGGCCCACUUCUCCCAGUUCAGCAACCUCAAGGAACUGCAAUUGCAUGGCAAUCACCUGGAAUACAUCCCUGAUGGCGUCUUCGACCACCUGGUAGGCCUCACCAAGCUCAAUCUGGGCAAAAACAGCCUCACACAACUCUCACCCAGGGCUUUCCAGCACCUGGGCAACCUUGAGGUCCUCCGGCUGUAUGAGAACAGGCUCUCUGACAUCCCCAUGGGCACUUUUGAUGGGCUUGGCAACCUCCAGGAACUGGCUCUCCAACAGAAUGAUAUCUGUACGCUCUCUCCAGGCCUCUUCCACAACAACCGUAACCUCCAGAAACUCUAUCUGUCCAACAACCACAUCUCCCAGCUGCCCCCUGGCAUCUUCAUGCAGCUGCCCCAGAUCAACCGACUCACGCUGUUUGGGAACUCCCUGAAGGAGCUCACUCCAGGGAUCUUCGGGCCCAUGCCCCACCUGCGGGAGCUUUGGCUCUAUGACAACCAUAUCACUUCCAUACCUGACAACGUCUUCAGCAGCCUCACCCAGUUGCUUGUCCUGAUCCUAAGUCGCAACCAGAUCAGCUUCAUCAGCCCAGGUGCCUUCAAUGGGCUGACGGAGCUGCAGGAGCUGUCACUCCACACCAAUGCCCUGCGGGAACUGGAUGGAAAUGUCUUCCGCAUGUUGGCCCACCUGCAGAACAUCUCCCUGCAGAACAACCGCCUCAGAGUGCUCCCGGGGAAUAUCUUUGCCAACGCCAAUGGCCUCAUGACCAUCCAACUGCAGAACAACCAGCUGGAGAACCUGCCCAUGGGCAUCUUUGACCACUUGGGGAACCUGAAUGAGCUGCGGCUCUAUGACAACCCCUGGAGGUGUGACGCAGCCAUCCUUCCGCUCCGCAAUUGGCUCCUGAUUAAUAGGCCCAGGCUGGGGACAGACGCCCUCCCAGUGUGCUUCAGCCCUGCCAGUUUCAGAGGCCAGCCCCUCAUCGUCAUUAACAUCAAUGUGGCUACCCCCAGUGUCCAGGUCCCCGUGGGCUCCGAGGUGCCCAGCUACUCAGAAUCACCCCACUACCCUGACACAUCCAGCUACCCUGACACCACAUCCAUCUCCUUCACCACUGGGUACACCACCUCCAUGGAAGACUUCACUGACCUGACCACCAUCGCGGUCACUGAAGACCGCAGCACGUGGGGCAUGACCCAGGCCCAGAGCGGGCUGGCCAUUGCCGCCAUUGUCAUUGGUAUCAUUGCCCUGGCCUGCUCCCUGGCUGCCUGCAUCUGUUGUUGCUGUUGCAAGAAGAGGAGCCAAGCGGUCCUGAUGCAGAUGAAGGCACCCAAUGAAUGUUAA